AAAGAGAAAUGGAAAAAUAUAUCAAGCAAUUACAACCGCGUUGGCGAGCUGCGGAAUUGUGAAGACGCGAGCGCAAGUCCAUUCUAAAAUGGAAAACCUGCGGAACAAAUACAGAUGGCACACGAAGAACCGAACGACAGGUUCCGGAGCCGUUCCAUGGAAGUUUUACUGGAAAAUUCACAAGUUCUUAGGAACAUUGCCUGCUAAUGAUGCCAGUCUUGCAGUGGAAAGCAGCUGUGGAGACCUCACAGUCUCCGAAAUUGUUCGAAGCAUGGAAACGGGGGAGCCAUGUGAGGAGCCAUGCGAGUUAUGGACAUACAACACUCCAUCAGACAGCCUGGAACCGCCAGGGAAUGACGAAAACAGCCCACCAUCAUGCAUUCUCUAUGAGGCAGUGCCAACAGCGAUGGAUGAUAGGGUUGCCCAGCAUUCCACAGACCAGACAUGCUCCGACCAGCCCACCCCCAGCCGCUGUACCCCUCCCAGAUCUGCUGCAGGCCAAAAAAAAAGAUGCAGGGACGGCGUGCUGGGGGAAGUUGUCCAGGAACAAAAGAAGUUUCGGACAAGCUGGUACGACUUGAAAAUGCAGGAGCUUGAACUCUAUAAAAAGCAGCUCAAGUUACAAGAAGAAGCAGCAAAGCGGGACACACAACUUAUUGAUGUGUUGAAGGAUUUUUUUUCCCGUUAAAAUAUUCUCUGUGUGUGUGCUUUGUUUUUUAUUUCAAUACCUCCACGGCCCGAAGGUGUUGCAGAAAAUGUUCAUUAUUAGAAGGUCAAUAAAGUUCAUAGUUAAAGCCAC